GGUGGAGGAAGGAGCUGUUAGAUGCUUGCUCUUGCUCACCGAGUUUCGCCCCCGUACAACGUUGAGACAGAAUAGACUUGGACAGAGCAGGACUUAUCGCCGGUGCUGCUGUUGUUGCUGCUGUUGCGGCCCAUUUUUUUUCUGGACGUGGGAGUGUGUAGGUACGUGGUGUGCCGGGCGGGGGGUACAUGUCGUGCCUCUCACAUGACGCGGGAUUAUGGCGCUGGAACCUGGUCGUACCCCUGUGACGUGUGCUCCCGGUGACCUUGAGUGCCGUCACGUGACCCCUGUGACCUGCGACCCCGCGGCCUGGUGGUUACGUGACCGUCGCUCCGGCACGUGACUCUUCUUCAGGGUUAAGGGUCGAGGGCUUUUCGCACCACGGUCAAGGUCGUGUCACUGCGGCCUUAUUAAAAAAAAAACCCGGAGAGUAGCGUGCGGAACUAGUAGUCAGAUCCCGGGGUCUCCGGAACUCUACCAGAGUUACCUAGGUCUCCAGGCACUGUAGAACCACUCUGCUGAGCCAUAGGCUAGUCAUGUGGGACUACUACCAAGUUCAAGGUCGAUAACCAAAGAGGUUCACUGUCGCGCGGGUUUGGAACUUCCCCGCCGCUUGCGUCCCUGAGUGUGACGUCGACACGUGGCUUCUGGCCAACCGCCGGGGUCAAGGUUAUGGUCCUUUAGACGUCGGUCAGGUCACUCGUUUGGAUUUGACCUCUUCACAAAGAAUCAGCGUCUCUCAGCGCGGAAGAACUCUGGUAAGAAUCAUUUGGAGUAGAUAUUUAUAAGCGGGGUUUUUUCUCUGACAUCUUUAGCGUAUAGCUGGACUUAACGUUCAGCUAUGCCUCGCUCCGUGGAUGUUGAUCUUCUGUUGACGCAUAUCGACGCCGUUCACCUGAGAGCGGUCGGACCUGGCAGUGGUGGUAGCGGUGGCAGUAACACCAACACCAUCAGCACCCUCACCACUGCCUCCACCGACAGCGGCCAACACAAUCACGGCAACAACAUCAACAUCAGCAGCAGCAGCAGCAGCAGCAGCAACAACAACAAUAACAACAUCAGCACGGCGAGCAUUGCUGUUGCCCCGUACGACGUCCGUGGUGGUGGUAGCAACGGCAGCGUCGCUGUGGCAACCGCUACCCUCACGCCAGGCUCCUCGGACAACGACAGCAGCACAAUUGUGGUCAACAGCGCUGAUGGUAGCGGCGGCGGUCCGCCGGUCGCUGGGUUACCCACAUGGCGCCUACAACACAUUCAUCAAAACCAGCAGCAGCAACCACAGUUACAAACAUUAUCAUCUUCAUCAUCAUCAUCAUCAUCCGAGAGCCAACGAAGGGGCAGCUACGGGAAGUGCCUCGACAGUCAUCCACAACAUCAGCACCACCCACAUAACCUCCAUCACCACUACCUACAGCAACAACAACAACAACAGCAACAGCAACAACAGUAUUCCCAUCAGAACAACCUGUCAUCUCAACAGCAGCAGCAGCAGCAGCAACAACAACAACAACAACAACAACAACAACACACCAACCGCCGUCCGACCACCCUGAACACCACCUGCAGCGGCAGCAGCUUUAGCAGCCACACUCUCCUCCACCCGCCAACCGCCCACCAGGGCACCGCCCCAGCCUCCUCCACGACCCCGCCCCCGCAGCAGCAACAGUGCCUGCACCUCCACCCGUCCCGGCCCACCCCCGCGACAACGCCGACAGGCCUUCAUCAUCACCAUCAUCUUCACCACCAUCAUCACCAGCAGGGCGGAGGGGUGCUGCCACAUCUACUUCACCAGUACGCGGCACCUCUACUUCUGCACAUGCAGCCGUCCAGAGGGAGCUGUAUCAAGAGGCACAGCUCCUACCAUGGACCGCCUGGUCUGGCCAGCAAGUUUCGCGCCCACAAAACCGUGAGGCGGCCUUCUGGAUCUUAUACCUAUCUCAG